AUGACAGCUCAACCUGUUCGCACCAACGGUGAUGUCUCUCACUCAACGGCUGAGAAAACAGCUCCUUCCACUUCUUCAUCUCCUAGAGUAGUCAUACCGGGCAAAACAGGAAGAAUUCUAUGUGUUGCUGACAUUCGUGGGGAUUACCACGAGCUCAACCGACUCAUAAGAGAACAUGAAGCUACAGCAGUCAUCCAUACUGGUGAUUUUGGAUUCAUGAAUGCCGACAGUGUUGAUCGUAUGGGAGAUAAAAUUCUUCGUCACUUGAUCACAUAUUCUCCCCUCAUCCCACCUGCAACCAGAAAUCAACUCCUUGCGAUCCCACCUACGAAAGAUGCAGAAGCAGAUCGAAAAGGCCUAGUGGAACAAUUAAACAAUUCAUCAGUUCAUUUCCCACUUUCUCAAUUCCCCCAUUUGCUUUCAGGAGCGAUCAAUUUCCCUGUACCUGUGUUCACCGUUUGGGGAUUGGUAGAAGAUGUAAGAGUAUUGGAAAAGUUCAGAACGGGAGAAUAUGAAGUCAAUAAUCUUUUCAUUGUUGACGAAGCUACUUCCAGAGGUGUCGAUGUUGGAGGAUUGAAGUUGAGAAUAUUCGGAUUGGGAGGUGCUGUAACUCCUCAUAAGAUGUGUGAGGGCCAUGCAACCAUUGCCGGUGGAUCUGGAACAAUGUGGUCGACUGCUUUACAAGUGGGAGAAUUGAUAGACACAGCUCACCGAGCAUACGAUGCUACAGAAACACGCCUUUUCGUAUCCUCAGCACCUAGCCGAAAUGGUCUUUUAUCGUUGACUGCUAAUGCUCUGAAAGCCGAUCUUACAAUCUCCGCCGGUUUGCACUUCCGAUACCCCGUAUCUUUCAACGCAUUUUCCGUUCACGAAAAGUUCGAGCACUAUCAACAAGCGCUUCAACAUGCUUCAACUUCAUUCAGUGAGGUUUACGAUACCGUCAGAGAUAGGGUGGAUAACAGCAUGAACGGCGACCAGCAAGCCCUAUUGAAAAAAGUUAGCACCGCUUUCUUAAAGAUCCCACAACAAGACGACCAUUCAUGGACCAAUACCUGGAACUGGAUUCUUUCAGAUGCCUCAUGUGGACAUAUGCUUUUGUCGGUUACUGAAGGAAGGAUCUCCUCAGAGACAAAGUCAGCCGGCCUCAAUUUCGUUCACCGAAAUGGUCAAGCACCCUCCUUGCCGUUAGCGCCAGUAUCUGCUUCCACUGCGGCUCCAACGGCCGCCGUAGCUCGACGUCAAGAUGCUUCCGAUAUCUCCAAGACCGUUGCACCUACACGAGCGCCUAUUGGUCCUGGUGGUCCUGGAGCGGCAAAGAAUGGUCCACCCUCUGGCGCACCUCCCACUGGAUCCAACUCGUUCAAGAACGGCUUGAACAGGGGCAAUGGACCUUCCGCUAGACCUGUCCCUCCUUCUGCUACUACAGCUUCACCUGCUCCCUCUGCCCCUUCAACUGCUGCACCUAAUGGCUCAUCCUCCAUUCCUGUGAAACCUCCCACUCAACCCCGUGGACGAGGUGGAAACCUCGUCAGUCAAGCUUUUGCAGUCGCCGGUGCCGCAAAGGACAAGAUUGUCGAUGCUGUCAAACCAUCUUCAGCUCCUGCGAACGCAAAAUCUACUUCUGCUGGACCAGCCAAAACAUCGACCCCUUCUACCACCGCCAAAGCUUCCCCGACAACUGCAGCAGCUGAUAAGGCAACUAAAGACGAGCCCAAGAAGUCUGUGCCUGCUGCCAACGGUGCCGGUACUAGUGGUGCUACAAGUGAGACUGUAAACUCUUCACCCGAAGCAAAGGAGGGAGCGAAGAACGUCCAUAACCGUGAAGAAUCUGGCGAAGUUAGACCUAAGAAACAUUCUUUAUACCUCAAAGGAUUACCUGUUCCUACGACUGAAGAGGAGAUUAAGGGUUUGUUCAAGGAUCAAGCUGGCAAGAUUGCACAAGUCAAGAUUAUUUCAGAUAGACUUACAAACAAACAGAAGGAUUUCGGUUACGUCGAUUUCGCAGCCGAGGAGGAGAUGAAUGCUGCACUCAAAGCAGCUGAAGGUGGCAAGAUUAAAGAUUCAGUGAUUCAAAUAAGCGUAUCUAACCCUCCUAGUCGAUCAUUUGCCGAGACUAAUGGCUAUAGAGGAAGAGGUAGGGGUGGGUUUGUUCGUGGUGGAAGAGGUAGAGGAUUUGGUUCCAUUGGAGGAAGGAAAGAGAUAGGAGAAGGUAAAGAAGCUUCUUCUGGUUCAGCUGGAGCAGAGAAGAAGGAGUAA